AUGUCAUGGUUGUCUAAAGUGACGGAUAUCGCCGGAGCGGCCGAGAAUCUUUUGAACAAGCUUGAUGAGAAAACGGGCGAUGCAAUCCAACAAGCACGUGACUCGAAGCCACGUACACGACAUGGAAGUACCGCCAGCAUCCCGGCGACGGUUAUUUCAAUGCCAGAACAAGUGAUAACUGAGGAUUUCGGUCGACCGGCGCCAUCGAUUCCUUCAAGAGCUCAAAGUGAUUAUACGGGUGCUGGAUGGAGAAGUGGUGGCAGGAAUUAUGAACAAAGCAGUUCAUCAACCCAACCAGGAGGUACCGCUGCUUCAGAAAGCUGGACGAUGGUCUUAAACUCGAAUGCCGUGAAAAAUGCGCAGCGAGAAGAUGAUACGAGGAGUCAGAGAAGUGUUGGAGGUCGUAGUGUUGCUAGUAUACGCACAACUUCGGAAUUCGCCGGCACCGACUCAAGUCCCAAUUUCAAAUCGCAACUAUUUGCCAAGGACUCACAAAUUUCAGUUUUAAAGACAAAGUUGGCGGAAAGUGAGCGAAAAUUGGAGAAGCGAAGUCAAGACUACUAUGAAAUGAAGGCAGAGAAGGAGAUGUUAGAGAAGCGAGUAGAGAAUCAGAAGGUAUCAAAUCAAGAGGUCGAUACUCUUCAGGAAUUGAAAUUGGCCAGACAAAAAGCACAAGAUCAAAAAGAGAAAGCGGUGGACGAGUGUAAUAUGCAUAAACGUAAAAUUGUUGGGCUUGAAGAGGAGAUUCGUGCAAUGGUUGAACAAUUGAGACUGGCGAAAUUCAAUUUGAAUGAGAAUAAGAAAGAGUUCGACGAGUAUAAGAAUAAGGCGCAGAAGAUAUUGACGGCGAAAGAGAAAUUGGUGGAAUCGUUGAAGUCAGAGCAAGGAAUUGGAUCCAGUGACCGCCCAGUUCAUCUCUUACAAGCAGAAGUGGAAGAGAUUCGUGUGGAACGAGAUUUGACGAAAGCGGAUCUAGAAUCUGCACAACUUCAAGUUUAUACACUCAGAUCUGAUAUGGAGGAGUUGGAAGCACAGAUAAGAGACCUCCAAUCGCAGCUAUCCGAUCAAAAACGAACGCACCUCGAGGAGAAACAGACAUGGGACAGUACAAUCGGACUUCUCAACGAGAAAGUGGAAUGUUCUCGAAUUGAGAAUGAGUUCACGAAACAAGAAAUGAAACGAUUAGGAGAUCAGUAUCAAUCGAAAAUGAUUGAAAAAGAGACGGAUUGGAGGAAACAGAUCAACGAGAUGAGAGCACGAAUGAGGGAUGAGCAGACGAAACAGGAGGAUGAUGGGACGACACAGUUGUCGGAUAUGUUGUUACAGAAGCAACAACAGCUGGAAGAUGUGUUGAGGACGAAUCAGGUGUUGAAUGUUCGGUUGGAGAGACUUCAGAAAGCAACAAAUCGUGAAACCUCCAUACCCAUCGACGGUCAAACUUCUGGAUCCCCAAUGCACACAUCACCCUCCCACCCGUUACUCUCAAAUAUCAAUCACCCACAGACUCGAAAUGCUUUACAAACUGUCGAUUCGACGGCCUUCAAACUGCUCUCAAUGCUUCGUGGUCACCCAUCUGCCCGCCUUUUCUUUGUUUUAUAUUUCAUUAUGAUGCAUUUAUGGUUAUUCUUCAUUGUUCUCACUUAUACUCCUGAAAUUCACUGA